AUGGCCGACCACGAUUUCCCAGUGAUCGAUCUCUCGCCGUUCUUCACUACCCCCGGCGCCGGGGACGAUCUCGGUGCUGCAAAGAGGAGGCAGGAGGUGAUAAGGCGAAUCCGGGGAGCAUGCACCAGCGCCGGCAUCUUUCUGAUCGUCAACCACAUUAUGGAGAGGACAUUCGGUUACUUUCAGAAGACGGCGGCGUUAAUAGAGACCCUUCUAAAUGACGCUCUGGGUCUCCCUCCAGAUCUUCUUCACCAAUAUAACAGCAACAGGCAGAGCGAUAGGAUGAUAGCAUACCGCUACUUCAAGGCCAAUCAUGUCGAGACCAAGAAAAUAAUGAUGAUCGGAUCAUACCCACACAAGGACCCAAACCUUUUCACACUGUUGUUGCAGGAUGACGUGGGAGGGCUUGAGUUCCUGCGCAACGACCAGUGGAUUCCUGUUACUCUCCUGCCCCAUUCCCUCGUCGUCAACGUCGGCGACGUCCUCCAGGUGCUAAGCAACAAUGAAUUCAAGAGCGUGACGCACAGAGUGGUAUCUCCAAACGAGAAGGAUCGUUAUUCGUGCGCAUUUGGGUGUCAAAUAGGCAGAGACAAAUGGGUAGAGCCACUUCCAGAGUUGACAAGUCUGAUCAAGGCGGCGCCCAAGUUUAAGGGGUUCCGUCACGGUGAAUUCCUGCAACUAUUGGUGGCAAGUUACAAACCAACUCUAGAUCCAAAUGACACAUUCACUCUUAUGGACGUCGUCGCCAACCACUAUGCUCUCCCGACAUCCAAGGACCUUCCAGACACUACACACCAAAUUGAGAUCUGA